AUGCAUCAAUAAGAAUGCUUUGAUAAUUGCCCAUCUGGUUAUUUUAAAGACGAUUAAAGAUAUAUUUGUGUUACAUGCAAUAUACCUUUUUGCUUAGAAUGUCUAAGCAACACUAAAUGUAAAACUUGCGAAAAAGGUUUCUUGCUAUCAUAGUCUAAAACAGAAUGCACUUUUAGUUUAAACGAUGAAUCUAGCUACGCUUAUUUUAAUUUUAAUUAAAAUGAAAUAGUAGAAGUUUAAAAAUGUCCAGAAGAUCUUGAGUAAAAUGAGGAAUAGCAUAUUUGUACAUAUCCUAAGAUAUGUUCUUAAGAAAAUUAUAUUGGAGAGCUCAAUUCGAACUGCUUUAAUAAAGAUGAAGAUGGAAUCAAAAUACUCAUAGAAAGGUAUUACUUAUAUUUCUACACAAAAAAGGAAGUUUAUGUAUUCACAAAAGAUAGAUUUACUUAUUAAUUCUAUCUAUAAAGUCUAAACAGCGAUUAAGAUAUUUAAACAGUUAUUGGUUUCAAUAACUACAUUUACAUAGUUUACAGUAAUACUAUAUUAAUAUAUCACAAUGCAUACUAUACAUUAGAAGAGACCAUUCAAGUUCCAGUAUGGGUCUAAAAUAAUUAGUUUACUUAGAUUAUUGGUGACAAUUCAAAUUUUCAAUAUGAAUACAAUUGGCUUAUAACAUCAUCUGCAUCUCUUUAAGACAUUUUGGUGUUUAAUUUGAAGGAUGUGAAUACUGUAAAGUUUCAAUAUAAAAUCGGUUAGAAAAUAUUUGAAUACUUUAUCAUUCCUGAAUCAAAUAAAUUAAUUGUUAUAUCUCUAUUAAAAAUUACCAUAUACUCUACUUUUAUGGAUGAAAGUGAGCCGCUUAGCUAGUUAGAUAUAGGAGAGUAAAUGCAAGUAGAUUGGAUUAAAAGCUAUUCUUAUCCAUUAAAUAAAGGAAACCAAGAUAAAUAAUUUGUUGUUUUGAAUGGGUUAAGUGUGAAUAUUUUUGACUCAGAAAAUAAUUCUAUGGUUCAUAUAGUUGCUCCUAGUAAUUAUGGCUAUGUAUUGGAAUAAAAUAACAUUUUAUCAAUUAUAUACUCAUCUAAGAUAUACUUUUUAAGAAUUAAAGAUUUGAUUUAAAAUUGUUUAAGCAAUCUGAACUGCCUAAAUAAUUAUCAAAAUUUAGUUUUAUACACAAUUUAAAUAUAAAGCAACGAAUACUAUAUCGUUUCUGAAUUUAAUAAUGAUAUUUAUGUGGCAAUUAAGGAUUCUUUUUAACUCUAAGUUUUUGACUAAAAUUUCAAUCUAAAAUAUAUUAAAUCUGAUUUCAAAAAGCCUAUCAAGAGCAUUUUCUACUAUUAAAGUGAUAUUUAAAUAUAUGGAGAUUCAAAUUUUCUAAUAGUUAGUUAUGAUAAUAAUGCUAGAAUAUUCCUUGAAAAUAAUUAAGAAGCAUAUCUAUUUAACUUUUGUAAUGAAAAUAGUAUAGAAAUAUUUAAUGAAGAGAUAGAAGAGUAUGGAGCAGUUGGAAUUGAUGAAUAAAGGCGUAUCUUAAUAAAUGCUGCUAUUAGCACUAAAGGAAAUUUAGUAAUUUUUAUGAUUUACAAUGGUUAAGCUCUAUUUUAAAAGGAGUUUUAGGGAGACGACAGCUUCAUUCAAAUAUUCGAUAAAACUAGCCUAGAAUUGAAUCAGCAAGUAGGUGUUUAGAUAGCAGAUUUUUAUUUUGAAUUUUUAGACACAACAACAAUUCUAAUAAUAUCGCCAGGAAAGUUUAUUAAAUUUGAUGUAGAAAGAGUAUCUUUUAAUGAACUUUAAUAAGAUGAAAAUAAAAUUACAGGCAAAAUAUAUAAAUACCAAAUCGAAUAAAAAUAGACUUGGAUGCUUAUAUAAGAAUUAAGAGAAAGUAGAUUCAUAUUUCACUUUAUUAAUUUACUUUCUAAUCCAAUAUCUCAUGUGGGAGAAGAAAUAAUACCUCUAGUUACAUAGGAUGACAAAUAAUUUACUCCCUACUUACAAAAUUAUCAAUGCUCGUUUUUGCUUUUUCCAUAAAGCUCUUAUAAUUAAGGCACUUUCUUUUAAAUUAUUUCCUCUGAGUAUUAUUUUAGUAAACUCGAAAUUUAUUAAAAUACAAUAGUUACUUAUAAAGUAUUUAGUAGCAAAAAAAUCAAAUUAAUUGGUAAAAAAAGGAUACUUUAGCUUUAAGAAGCUGAGAAGUUAUAAAUCGUGGAAGGUCAAUUUUCUUAAAAUUAACUUUAGUUCAUGAAUCAAAUCAACAUUAAGGAAUAGAUAAGCAUUUUAUGCAGCUUCUAAUGUUAUUAUUCUGGUAAAAUUGAUAAAUAUUAGCUUCUAUAUAAAAGAUGGUAGAUCCCAAAUAUUAUUAAGCAACUCUCUACAGACAGAAUAUAUUUAGAUGAUUAUUAUCAAAAUACAAUGUAUUCAGAUAAGUGGCAUGUAAUAGGUUUAGAGGCAUAUUUGAAUUCUGAUAAAAAACCAUUAGAUAAUAAAAGAAUAGAUUUAAUUUAAUAUCCUGAAAAGCAAGUUAUUUUUUCUUACAAAAUAAAAGUUGAAUGUAGUUUAUUUACUUUUCAGAUAAUAAGUACUUAUGAUACUCUUCUUAUUUGUGAUGACAUGAAUAUACUCGUUUAUAGUUUAUAUGAUAUAAUUGUUAGUUAAACAAAAAAAUUUGAAGGCACUGCUAAGGCAGACUACAAAUCUCCUGAUUAUAUUUACAGCUUUAAAAUGGAAUAUCCUUAAAAGGUAGAUAAAUUUGCAUAUUUCUCAUAAAUUGAUCCUUACGUAUUCCUAAAUUUGUAUGGUAUCUAUGAUUUUUUGUAGAAUAAGUUUUUUAAUUAACCAGAAUUGCUAAUUUACAAUAACAAAUAAUAAACAAAGAUUUAGAUUAUGGAAAAUAAGACUCAUCUAUAUUAUAUAUUUAGACUUAAAAUUUAUUUUUAUGAAAAAUAAAAAUCUAUCCAGUAAUAGAAUUCUAAUUUAUCUAAGGAUUCAUCUCUCUUCUUUUUAAAUCAGAAAGAUGGCUUUCUUAAUUUAGAGAGAGAUUUUAUUAUUGGUUUAACGUAGCUGAAUGACCAAUAGUAUGUUUAGAUAGUCUCUUAUCAGAAUUUAACUCCAAUAAAACUAUUUUAUGAAUUUGAUUCAGAAUCUUUUAAUACAAAUGGCUUCUACUUUUAUUGUUGGCAGUAUUAAAAACUAUUUUUAAGAUACGAAAACUCUAUUGUUGGGUAUGAUUACCCUUUUAGCGAGAAUUAACAACCCUUUUUCGUUUUUAAAGUAAAGAAGAGCGUUCCAAGGGCAUGUAGUAACUCAUUCCUUGUUACUUAUGAACAGCUAAGUUCUAGCAAUAACUUUAAAAUUACAAUAAUUGAGUAUGAAAAUUAGAGCAUUCUCAAAGAUAUCACUCUUAAUACUGACUUAGAGAGAAUCAAUAUCGAUUUAUUUAUUAACUAAACGAAUGUAGCAAUUAUUGAAGAUAAACAAAUUGUAGUAAUAGGAAAUAUUCUUAUUUCAACAAGCAAAUCAGACUUUUACUACAUUUUUUAAGAAAGUAAAUUCCAUUACUCACCUUCACUAGACUUAGCGUUUAUUCAUUAGCAAUCCAUAGAAAAAUACCUUCAAGUUUUAGAUCUCUCUUAAAUUUUCCCAUUUGUACUCGAAAGGUUUUCUUUUGAAAAUAAAUUAAACUUUUAGAAUUAUUAUUUUUAAAAGAGUUAGCAGUAAAGAACUUCUUCUCAAAAAGGCGAAAAUUAAGUAAAAUAAUAAGCUUAGGUUUAGAAUUUCUAAGAAUAAGAUUUGAUAUUUAUAAAUUUAAAUCUAAAUAGUCUUUGUGUUUAUAAUAUAUACGAGUAGUAUUACACGAUUCUAAAGCUCCCAAAUAUGGUUGAAACUUAGAAUUUGCAAGCUUUAAAGAUUAGGAAAAUGUAAUAUUUAGUUUAUUUGAAUAAAAGCAGCUCAAAUUCUGUAGCUGUUAUCAAAUUUGAUAGAGAGUUUUAUUUAUACCGUAGAAAUAAAUAUCUAAAAACUUUAAACCUUUACGAGUAUUAAGAAAUAUAUGCUGAUGGAUAAGACGACUUGGUUUAUAUUUAUGCAUUUAAAGAUAAAGAAUUAUAUUAUUUAACAAUAGAUAAUGAUAUUUUAGAAUUUAAAAAUUAAUUAAUUAAUUUAUCACAAUUUAACUUCUAAAAUUUCUUAUUGAUCGACAUAAAGCCAAAUGUAAAAUAUGCUCUUAUUGAUAUAAAUUAUAAUUUAAUUGCUCAAAAUUCCAUAGAUGAUUCUCCCUGCUUAUUAAAACUUCCCUCAGAGUUCUUUGGCCAAGUUAAAGGUAUUUAAAUUGUUAAGACAGAAAAUAAUGCAUAAGUCAUUGAAUACAUCUUUUUAUGGAUAAAAAACAUUUUAAACGUUUAUAAUUUUUAAUGUGAGUUAAUAUGGUCUAAAAAUAAUAUUGACGAUGGCAUUUAAGUAAUAACAGAAGAUAAUUUAACUUAAUAGAUAUAUUUUGCAGAUAAAUACUACAUCUAUAUAAUCUAAUAUCAAGAUUUACUCAUUAAAUAAUAUUAGAAUAAUAUAAUCGUAGCCUAGCUUCCACUGUAAGCACGUAGCCAUGUAAAGCUAUAAAAGUUAAAUAAAAAUUUGCUUGCUGUUUUGAGUGCUUCAAAUAUUUACAUCUUUGAAGUGUAUAAGUCCUUUACUUUAAUGUAUUACAUAACAAAUAAAGAUUUCUUUAACAUUUAGUAAGUUUUCUAUGUAUUAGAAGAAUACUUUGUUAUAUCAGACAUAAAUAGGAUGUACAUUUAUUAAAUAAUAACAGAUGAUAAUCCAAAUGAAAUUGAUAUCAUAAGCAAAUCAGUCAACCGUAUAAGUGGAUCAUCAUCAUAUAGUUCUUCAUCUUCUAUCAACAGCAGCUACUAAAGCAACUAAGGAGACAAUUCUGAAUAUUACAGUUAAAAAUAGUUUUUCCAACGCAAAUUAGCUGUUCCUUUUUAUGAAUAAACCAACUUGUAUCUCUAAAUUUUGGAAAUAUAAACUUUCACACAAGAAGAAGCUGUUUUUAUUAGAAUUGUAGGAGCAGAUUAUAACAAUUUAGUAGAUUUAACUAAAUAGCUAAUUUUUAAUCACUAAACUAAAUAAGAAAAGGGUUCUUUAUUAAAAACUGAACUGAAGGAUUAAAAAGUAUCUUUUCUGAAAAAUAUAUUAUAAAAUGACCAAAAAUAAUCUCAGAAUACUUGCAGAGGCAAAUUUAUAAUCCACCAAAAGAAAGACUAUUAAAUUAUUUAAUAUGACACAAUUUACUCUCAAAACGAUGGAUUAUACAACCAAAUCAAUUUUAAAUUUCCUUCAAAAGAAAAUAAUCUUAGUUUAGAUAAGUCAGAUGAUAAUAAAGAUGAUCUUAAUGAAUUAUUUAUCCCAAAUUCUCUGAAGCUAAAAACAAAACUAGCAUCAUAUUUUAUAUAUGAUUUAAGUGACACUGCUGUGUUGCUUUUUCCCUUAAAUAUAAAGAGCUCAGUAAUAAACAAACUUAAAAUAAUGAAUGGAAAAAUUGAAGCCAAUAAAGGAUUUUUUAGAUUAAUUUAGAGUGAAGAAAAUACAAAAGAGUCUGAUAAAAAUAAAUAAGAAACAAUUGAUUCUCCUUUUAUAACUCCAAAUAGCUUAGAAUAAUUUAAAUUCAUUCAUUUGGAAAAUGUUGAGUUGAGAUAAAGCUUAAAUAUUUUUAAUUGUGAAUCAGUAAUUCUUAAAGACAUAUUUGUCCCAUAUGAUAAUCCUUCUUUGUAAAUUUAGCUUCAAUUCUAUAAUGUAUCUAGCUUAUCAAUCAAGAAUUUAACAGUGCAUUCAACAAUGUUAAGUAAAUAAUUUUUGAGUAUUAUCAACUCAUAACAAGUGGAUAUCAGCUACUUAAAUGUAUUUGACGAUUCUUCUCAAUCAUAUAUAUUUCCUCAAUUCUCUCUUUACUUAAGUUUUGGAUGGAUAACUAUUUAAUAAACUCCUAAUGUAACAAUUUCAAAUAUCAAUUUUACAGGCGUUAACGCUAAUAUAGAUCUAUUCUUUUUACAAUAUGUUGAAGAAGUCUAUUUAGAAAACUUAAUUUUCUAAAAUCUAAAUUCCCAAUUUAACGAAGAGGAAGAAGAUUUUAGUGAUAAAAAAGGAAAUGCUCCCUCUCAAAGUGAUCCAGGUACUUAAAUUAACAUAAAUGAGAGAGGAGAAAUUAUAUCAUAAGAUCAAUAAAUGCUAAAUUUUUACGCUCAUUUGCCAGUUAACAUAGAAAACUUUAGUAGUGUUUUCAGAUUAGUUUUUAUUUAAAAGUAGCUCUCUAUAAAAAAUAUUUUAUUAGAAGAAAGUAAUGUGUCUAUGUUUUUACACUUAAAUAAAACUAUAAAUUUUAUUUCCACUAGUAAUUCAAAUAUAAAUGAGUAGUUUGAGUCAACAUAAUUAGAUGUCUAAAUAGUUAAUGUAACAAUCAAUCAAUUAUCUCAAAUAUAAUAGAGUAUAUGCUAUUAAACCGAUUUUUUAAUAAUAGAUGCUGAAUCUGUCACAAUUGAUACUUUAAAUAUUUAUUCCACAUCCUGCUUCUAAUCAAUAAUUCGAUUGUUAAAUACCAAACAAACAAAUGUUAAAAAUGUUAACAUUAUUAAAGCAAAUUUGAUUAAUUUUUUAUUCUAUUUUUUUAAAAAUUAAAACUUGGUGAUUGAAAAUUUCACAGUCUAAGAGAAUAACUAAUUGAAUCAAAUUUUUGGUAUUAUAAAAUGCUUCAAUUCUUUAUUAUAAAAUAUUUAAGUCUAUCCUUACGUUAUAAAUAAACGCAAUAAAAAAGAAUAAACCCUAGUUAAAAUUAAAAACUCUGCAAUAUUGAUUUACAAUAAUUAAGAUGAUCCAACUCUGGUAUCUAAAAGCUCUGCAACUAUCAUUGAUUCUUAGAUUCAAAGUCUAUAGAGCAUCAAUAGCAAUGGUACAGCAAUUCAAGUUUUCGAAGUAGCUCUAAAGCUGUAAAAUGUAAAGCUUUUUAACAAUUCAGCAGGUUUAAAUGGAGGAGCUAUUUACUUAUAUUCGUCUUCUCUUACUUUAACAAAUACAUUAAUAUAAUACAAUAAUGCUACUUUCUCUGGAGGAGCUAUUUUUUCUACAGAUUCUAUUAUAAAAAUAGAAGAUAGUUUGACUGACUUAAAAUAAAAAACUCUAAUACAAUACAACUUUGCUGCUAUAGGUGGUGGCAUACGCUAUUUCAGACAAAAUAUUGAUUAAGUUUUAUCUGUAGAAGGAUGUUUAAAACAUAAUAGAGCUAUUUAUUUUGGCUAGGACUAUACUAACUAUCCAACUAAGCUUAUAGUAAAAGAUUCCAAACCUAAUAACACCCUGCAAAAUGUUGUUUCAAGUAUCUCCUCAACUCAAUAAGAAAUUAAAUUUUAUUGGGUCGAUGAGUAAAACUAGAAACUAAAAUACACUUCUCAAGAAAUAAGUUUAAAAAAUAACAAAUAUCAACCAAUUCAAAGAGAAUUAAAUUAAUACACGACACUUUAUAUGUCUUCAGAAAGCAUUUGGAUAAAUAGAGUAAAAACAGAGACUGAAGUUAAAGGAGAGAUUGUUUAAGAUAUCUAUGGAUAUUAAUAUAUAAAAACUAACUAAAACUACUUAUUAAAACCUAAAUCUUAUGGGAAACUUAAAGUAAAAACAAUGAUAAAUUAUCCAGAGGAUGAAGGAAGUAAAUUCAAAUAAAAUGAGCUGCUGAUCAAUAUAUUUUUUAGAGAAUGCGUUAUUGGUGAGAUUUUUAAUCCAUUUAAUUAAGAUGUCUUUGAAUGCCUUGAGUGUAAAGACAAUAUGUAUUCUCUGAUAUAACCUACUUCUUUUGAAAACAAAUGCUUAGUUUGUCCUGAUAACGCAAAAAAGUGCUAUAAGAAUGUUAUUGAAAUAUUUGAAAAUUAUUGGAUUGAGCCAAACACUACGAACAUUUAUUUUUGCUUCAAUAAUCCAGAUAAAUGUUAACCUGAAUUGAAAAACGGUUGUAGUUAAGGAGGAUAUGGCCCUCGCUGUGAAAGCUGCGAUUAUACUGGGUAAGUAUGGAAAGGUUAUAGCUAUACAAGGUAUGGAAUUUAUGAAUGUAAAGAAUGCGGGAAAGAAUAGAUCUCUUAUUAUGUUUUUGUUUGCCUAUUUAUCAUUUUAUUUCCCUUAUUUUUUACUUACUUGGCUUAUCAAGUAACUAUAGAAGCCUAAGCAAUAUUAUAAGCAUACUAUUUAAAGAAAGCUGGUAUAAUUAAUAUAGGACUCUUAUGUGAAAAUAUUAGAUUUAUCUACCACAAAAAAGGAUACAAUAUAUAGAUUUAUUAGGACUUCAAUGUACUACUUGUAUUAUAUGGUAUUCCCAAGUCUUGUGUAAUAAUCCAUUAACAUACUAUCUUGUGA